AUGCGUCAAAUCCGUCCUUGGACAUUAAAUGAUGCAACAGCCAUGUUUUCAUGGUUAUUUUUAGGUCAUACUGUUUGGCUUAUGGUGGGUACGACAAGUUUUGUAAGUUUAAUACUUUGGUUAGCCAACUCAUUACAAUUUCAAGAAUGGAUUGCAUAUCGUAUUGGUAAAUAUUUAACAUCGGCCACAGGUGCAACUGUUGUAUUUGAUUCUGCUAUUUUGCCUAAUUGGAAAGAUGGCAAGAUUCGAUUUAAUAAUGUUAGAAUAUACCGCAUGCCACGAUCUGAACGUAAAAAAUUUCAACGACGUGCAGCCCUAUUAAGUACAGAUGAAGAAAUUGCACCAUUGCCUAUCAAUGGAGAUCUGAAUGAUCCAUUAGCAGGCGUUGAGUUUGAAGAGGACGAAAAGGAUAAUGAAGUAUUAAGGAAAUGGAUGUGGUAUGAUCUUGUGAUUGAUCGAGUGGAAGUAACGUUGAGUUUAAUGCGCUGGAUGGAUGGUAAAGGUCUAGUACAAAGUGCAGAUAUUCAAGGUGUGCGAGGUGUAAUUGAUCGUCGUCAUGUACGCUGGGACCCUGAUGUUCCAUACGAUCCUGUUACUGCUCGGCAUAAAUAUACCCCAGGAGAUUUCGAAUUAGAAAAAUUAACUUUAGAAGAUUUUUUGGUUACUGUAUAUCAACCUAAUGGUUUUAGACCUUAUCCAGUUUCUAUAUUUCAUGCUCAGUUAGAUCGAUUUAGAAAGCAAUGGUUAUUCUAUGAUUUAUUAUGUGCAACAUCUAUAGUAGGCGCAUUUGAUAAGAGUUUAUUUAGUGUGCAUGCACCGCAAUUAGAGAAGAGCGUUUUGGAGCAAUCAGGUCAUAUAGACAUGAAUAAGGCUGGGUUUAGAAGUCAUGAUAUUUAUCAUUACUAUCCCUUCAAGAAACCAGAUCCAAAUGGUGUACUUGUAGGUGGAGGAACUGCUCAAUUUGGUGUAUUAACUGAUAAUGAUAUGAAAAAGCAAGGAUAUAAAAGAAAGUCUCGUUUGAGAAUUGAUGGAGUGAAUAUUGAUCAUAUAUUUCGUGGUGUAGAGGGACCCCCUGGUUGGAUUACUUCAGGUACAGUAGAUAUUUCAGCAGAUAUUUAUAUUCCACAAGAAGCAGUUGAGGCAGAUUCAACAGAAUUAUUACGUCAAUUAGUGUAUGAACUUACAGACCGAAUUGAACUCUCACAGCCUGUAAUCCUAGGUGCAGGUAAUAAUGGAGAAGAAAUGCUUGUAGUUGUAGGUGGUCAGCGUGAGGAUAGAAAGAAAAAGGAACCAUCAGAGGAUAAUAACAAUGCAAAGAAAUUUGUUAUGGAUAUGGAUUUUCGUUUUAAAGAUACCAAAGCUAGUGUCCCACUCAAGACACCUGAAUUAAGUUAUCUUAAUAAUGCUCUUGUAAGGCCUAUUGUGGGGUAUAUCUCGCGUAACAAAACUAUUGUACCUAUCAAAAUUCGUGUUGUUAUGGAUUUGAGUAAUUUUGAUGGAUCAUGGACUCUUUAUGAUUCUACUUUGGGCGAAAGAAUGGCAGAAAAGUUGGGGCAAGGUUUUGUUGAUUUAACAUUGGAUCAACAAGAGAGAAAUAGAAGAUUGAAACGUAUUGGAUUUUGGAGUAUUAAGGAAAUGUCACGAAAUUUGAUUAGCAUUCAUGAUUUAUUACGUGGAAAUUCUAGAGGUUUUUGGAGUUACUUGGGAACAAGUACAUCGAAUUAUUAA